AUGUGGAUGCUACUCAUGCGCACCAUUUGUACUCCAGAAGAUGAUGUUGCAUGGUUUGCGGUUAAUGGUGUGCCCAUCUGCUAUUCUAUGAGGGAGCAUGCCCUCAUCUCUGGCUUAGACUGCGGUGAUUAUCCGCCAAACUACGAGAAGUUGGGGGGUUAUAAGUUUGUGGAUUAUUACUUCCAUGACAGAAAGAAGAUCACCAUCAGCGAUGUGAAGCAGAAGAUGCUGUCUAUGCCACCGUGUCCAGAUAGAUUGAAGGUGACUGUCUUGUUUUUUCUUGGUCGGGUUAUCAGAGGAAAUCCGAAGGAUGCUGGACAUUUAGACCUCUUCAUAUUAAGGAUGAUGGACGAUUUAGAUGCUUGUAGAUCAUUUCCCUGGGGUCGUAUAACAUUUGAGGUUGCAAUAAAGGAGAUUAAGCAUGUGAUGAACCAUCUGAAGGGUGAAGUGAAAGAGGCAUGCGCCUUUCCUGGAUUCAUAAUCCCUUUAGAGGUUCUGGCUUUUGAGUGUAUUCCGGAUUUAGGGAAAACGUUUAGAAUCUAUUCAGACGACGCUAGUGAAGACUGUCCAAGGAUGUGCAAGAGCCGGUUUACAAAGUCCAGUCUUAAGGGUUAUCCUUUGGAAGACAUAUAUGCUGCGGUUGGAGACACAAAGGUUAUCAACAGUGUGUUAGUUCCAACUAUUGGUGAGCAAAUUAUGCUGGCUCGUAUCAUUGAUGAGGAGCGAGAGUAUGACCGUCAGGGCAGCCCAAGUGAUACUUGGAACUACUGGUUAAAUGUGAAGCAGGAGAAUAUUUGGUGGAAAGAGCUAUAUGAGUUAGAUCAAGCUGCACGAGGGGUGUUGCCAAAAAAUAAAGACAAAGAAAAGGUGACGUUUGCAGAAGGAUCAUCCUCUAAUUAUGGUUUAGAUUCGAGGUUGCAAGGUCUGGAAGAGAGGAUUUUGGAGUUCAUGGGAGAAGGAUUUGUUGGACUUCACGUAACAGUGGAGACAAAGCUGGAGGCUCUAGGCUCAAGGAUGAAUCAUAUUGAAAAGAACCAGCGGCUUUUGAGAAGAAGGGCUAAGAAAAUGGAAGACAGGCUAACUUUUAUUGAGAGUAAGGUGGAGCCGAGUCAUGGUGAAGACAUGGAUUUUCGACAGUGGGACUAUGGUACAUAUGAAGAGAAGGAGAAAGCUAAUUCUGAGAAAGACAAAGCUAAUGCUGAGCAAGAGGCUGGGAAAGAGAAGGAUAACAUCGAGAAUACUGAGCAAGAGGCUGAGAGAAAAUAUGAUGAAGAAGAAGGGGAAGAGAAAGAGUCUGAUGACAAUGCUCAGCAAGAGGGUGAGAAAGAGAAAGAAAAUAGUGAGGCUAAUGAGCAAGACAAGGAAGACAGUGAGAGUGAGAGUGAGACUGGUGAGUUGAAGCAAUUGAAGGAGAGAAGUAGAGCACAAGCUGAUAAACCAUGGAAAGAAAUUGAAGCGGAUGAAGAAGUGGUUGGAGGGAAACAUGAUGAAGAAGAAGGUGAAGAGAACGAGGCUGAAACAAGUGACGGAGAGAAGGAGAACAGUGAGGAUGAUGAGAAAGUUGAAGAAAAAGUGGUGGAAUCUGAGGCUGAAGGCGAAGAUGAUCAUGCAGAGGUUGAAGGGAAAGAGUAUCAAGAAGAAGAAGUUGAAGGGAAAGAGUCUGAAACCAGGGAGUAA